AUGGCUGAUAAAAAGAACUACGAAUUUCACUGGGACCCGAAAGAUAUGAAAACGAAGACAUUGGGACAUUGGGAAGGGCGUACUGUUCAGGUUGUUUAUCAAUUUAAACGAAAUGGUUCGUCAUUGCCCCUAGCAGAAACAUAUCUGCCAUUGAAACACCGGGGCAAACCUGAGUGCUUCUAUUCCGAAGCUACUAUUUGCGAGUGUAUCUCAUCUUUAAAGCAUUGA